AUGGAUUCUGUUUCUGACGAGGCCGUCCGUGUGACUGGCCGCAACAUUGACUGGCCGGCGAUCCACGAGAACCUCCAACAGAAGAUCGCCAAUGCCGAAUACUGGUCCGACAAUCACUCUACCCAGGCGUUUCACCUCCCUGCCGAGAUCAAGACCACCAUCCUGUACAUCGCGAGGCGCGAUGCCACCCAAAAGUCCAAGCACUUGAUCGAGCUUAACAUCUUCGGCAACAUGCGCUCCUCGGAACCGAACUGGGCUAAGCUGUACAUCAACUUGUACUGGCGGUCGGUUCGGCAGGUGACUGCGUGGCAGGUCUUUCGGUUUCUCGAGCACCAUGGUGUUUUGAACUGGGAGUGCCUCACAUGUGACAUGGAGAGCAACCUGCCUAGCACGGGUAUGCUGAAGUCCCUUCUGGCCUGCUUCUCGAAAAUUGCCGAAUGGGACAAACAGAGCCAGAUGGCCAAGGUCCCGAUGCAGAACGGAUACGAAUACAAUGCGGACGUUCAAUGGCUCGCGGCCGUCAUCGGCCAAAGCAACCUUUCGAUCCGGCUGGAUGUCAUUGCCCAGCUCAUUGCGGCCAGCGGGCUCCUUGGCGAGAUCCUGGAGGGCAAGUACGCGGCGUUCAAGAAGUCCUUCCCGGAUGCGAAGCUCGCUGGGGCCCAGCAGGGCCAGCAGGGUCAGCAGAACUCGAGCGGCCGGGUCCCAUCCACCCAGACCUUCGGAUCUUGGCUGCCGCACAAGCUGAGCCGUGACGUGCGUUCCUUCAACGCAGAGAUUCUGUCGUAUUUUGCACGCGCCGCGACAAUCGAGAAGGUCUGCAGUGCGGUGGACCCGGCUGCUCGAGGUCUACUGACCUUGACCUAUGAGGCGAAGGAGUAG